AUGCCAUUCUCACAUUAUUUCUACAAGAUGGACAUAAAGGUUUUUCAUUAAGCCAUUCAUCAAUACAAGUAUCAUGAAAAUAAUGAUUACAUUUAGGCAAUUAGGCCACAAUUUCCAUUUAUUCUAAUUAACAUAAACAUAUAGGACAAUCUUCUUAGUAUAUUACUUAAUAUUCAAUCCAUGGUUUUCUAGUUAAUUUUUAUAACUCUUCUGGAGAUAAGCCGAGAUUGAAAGAAGGGAAGUUUCCUCUGAUAAGUCCAAAUAUCAUAAUAAAUACAAAGAUGAUAAUAGUAAAAAAAGAGAUUGCAUAACAAAGAGCAUUACAUAGUAAAAAUAAAUCGAAUAUCCAUUCACAAAUCUAUUAAUUGUAUAUUG